AUGAGAGCUAACUCGACGCAGAUAUCAAACAGAAUGUUCAAGACCCAGAGAUUGAUAAUUUUGGCGAUACUUGCCAUGUUUGGGGUUUUGCUUGUGAUAACGUCACUUGCAGGUCAUCAUGAAAAAGUGAUCAAUCAGAUCAAGUCAUACACUGGCAAAGGUAGCGAGUCAUUAAGUGAGUGGUACAAGUCGCUGAAUAAGUUGCCCAGUGCUAGUUUAGGAGAGGACGGGUUGGAAAAACAGGCUGAAGCUCAGGAAGAGGCGGAAAAGUUGAAAGAGGAAUCAUCCAAAGAGAAACAAAAACAGAAACAAAAACAGAAACAAAAACAGAAUCAGGAUUAA